AUGCCACCUCAGUAUGGCAUUCCGAAUGCAUUUGGGAUGCCUUAUCAACAAGGAAAUUUUAUGCCCACUGGAUUCUCUAGUAGCUCCAUUGAAGUCCCAAGGCCUUCCAUGAUCCCGGAGGUUGAAGGACUCGACAACAUUUGCCUCGAUACGGAUUCAGACAAAGCCAAAGAAGUUAAGCCUAAAAGACGGGGUAAAGCGACAGCAAUACCGUGGACACAUGAUGAGGACGUUUUACUAUGUCGAGCUUUCUGUACCAUCUCAAGUGAUCCGGUCAUUGGCGCUCAACAAACGUCCGAAGGCUUUUGGAGGCGAAUUAUACAGUAUUAUAAUGAAGCCGGUGAAGCACGAAAACUCAUUCAGAGAACCAUAGAGUCAGCAAAAUCUCAUUUUUAUGCUUUCCAUGGAGACUGUCUCAAAUUUAAUGCGUCGAUAAACAGCGAGGGGAAAAAGAAAGGGGGCUUUAAAUGGCUUCAUUGCUGGGAGGUAUUGAAAAAUAAUGCCAAAUUUGAUGGGGCAUCUCAGACAUCCCGAGGAAGAAAGAAAGCUAGAAUAUAUGAUACUGGAGAUCACACUUCUGGCUCUGGGCAAGAUGUCGAGCCUAGUGGUGAUGGUGAGGACAGAUAUGUACGUCGACCAAUUGGCCAAAAAGCAGCAAAGGCUGGGAAGAGAAAGGGAAAAACAACUGCAGGAGGAAGCACCGGUCCAGAUGUUGAACGUCUAUUGGCAGAGAUUGGUCAGGUUAAAGAAAUUCAUCUGAAGAAACAAAAAGAUUUGGAAAAGCUAGUUCGUAUAGAAUCAUGGAAGACGUACAGAGAAAUGAUAAAGGAGGAUACUUCAACCAUGACAGAAGAAAAAUUGCAAGCCCACCAAGGACUUCUGGUUGUGCUUAAAGAAGAGCUGGGUCUUAACUGA